AUGGAGAUGAAUUACAUAAUGCCGCUCGCCCUUGUUCUCUGGCUUCUCUUUCUGGCUGCUACAACCACCACUUUGGCAGGGAAGGAAUCGUACGUAGUGUACCUGGGGGCACAUUCUCACCCAACAACCGCAGCCGCAGAUAUUCAACAGAUUGUCACCAAUUCCCAUCAUCAACUUCUUGGAUCCAUCUUAGGAGGAGUAGAGAAAGCGAGAGAUUCAAUAAUUUAUUCUUACACGAACCAUAUCAACGGAUUUGCUGUAACUCUAGACGAAGAGGAAGCCACACAAUUAUCGAAGCACCCUGAUGUUGUGUCUGUGUUCCCCAACAAGCGUCGCUAUCUCCACACAACCCAUUCAUGGGAGUUUUUGGGUCUGGAGCAUGAAAACAAGGUUCUCCCAAAUUCAUUGUGGGAGAAAGGGAACUACGGUGAAGAUGUGAUUGUUGGACACCUCGACACAGGAGUUUGGCCCGAAUCAAAGAGCUUUAGUGAUGAAGGAUUAGGGCCUGCGCCUACCAGGUGGAAAGGAGCCUGCCAGAAUGGAUCUGAUGCCCAUGGUUUUACGUGUAACAGAAAGCUGAUCGGCGCACGCUACUUUGAGAAGGGCUUCAUCAAUGGCGGACUGGGUAUGGACCCAAACGAGUACAAUUCUCCUCGAGACUCGAGUGGUCACGGCACUCACACCGCAGCUACAGCUGCUGGCAGCUUCGUCCCCAACGCGAGCAUCUUCGGUUCGUCUAACGGAACGGCUAAGGGUGGCUCGCCCAGGGCUCGACUGGCGAUCUACAAGGUCUGCUGGUGCUCAGCGGACGGCGAACUGUAUUGCUUUGACGCUGAUGUAUUGGCUGCUUUUGAUGCUGCGAUCAGUGACGGAGUCGACGUCAUCACCAUUUCGCUCGGCGCUGCCGCUGUGCCGCCCAGUGGCUAUUUCAGCGAAGCCAUUGCGAUCGGCUCGUUCCAUGCCAUCAGCAGAGGGAUCACAGUGGUCGCCUCUGCUGGCAACGAUGGCCCGACGCUCGGCUCAGUGGUUAAUGUGGCUCCAUGGUUGUUCAGCGUUGCUGCUAGCACGUUGGAUAGGGAUUUCGUUUCCCUUCUUUCUCUGGGCAACAACAGGACUUUUCAGGGUCGAGGCCUUUCUUCAGGCUCUGUAGCAAAUAAGUUAUAUCCAUUGGCAACAGGAUCAGAUGUCAAGGCUGCUGAAGCAGACAGUAAGGCGGCAGAUUAUUGUCAACAUGGUAGUCUUGAUCCCAAAAAAGUCAAAGGAAAGAUCAUAGCUUGCCUCAGCGGCUUAGGUGAUGAAGGAGUCAGGCAGGGUGAGGUGGUGAAGGAAGCCGGAGGCAUUGGGAUGAUUGUGUGUAAUGACGAGAGCGCGGGCAAUCAACUCGGUAUUCCUGAACCUCACGUCCUCCCAGCUACUCAUCUUACUGCCAAUCACUCGAAGGAUGUCCUCGCCUACAUCAAUUCUACAAAGUCUCCUGUCGCAUUUGUAGGACAUCCAAUUACAAAGCUGCAUACAACACCUUCUCCAGUAAUAGCUUAUUCCUCAUCGAGAGGGCCCAACCCUGUCAACCCAGAGAUCCUCAAGCCUGACAUUACAGCGCCUGGAGUGCAAAUCCUUGCAUCCUAUAUUCCGGUGAAACCGCCAACAGAUUAUGAAUUUGACAAGCGCCAUGUUAAUUUCAAUCUACUAUCAGGUACAUCCAUGGCAUGUCCACAUGUUUCUGGCAUUGUUGGCCUCCUCAAGAAUGCUCACCCUGACUGGAGCCCUGCUGCAAUUAGGUCAGCAAUCAUGACCACAGCAACUCAGCUGAACAACCUAAAGAAGCCGAUCAUCAAUGGAGUUAAAUUAGUGGCGACACCAUUUGACUAUGGAUCUGGACAUCUUUGUCCAAGCCGGGCUUUGGAUCCUGGCCUGGUUUAUGACAUUAGUGUUGCCGAUUACUUCAGCUUCCUGUGUGCUAUUGGUUAUAACAACACCAACAUCGCAACUGUUACCGGAAAAUCCUACUCAUGUCCUCCACGUAUUCCGAAGGUUACAGACUUGAAUUAUCCUUCAAUCACCAUCUCUAACGUGGAGGGAACAAGGACAAUAUCUAGAACCUUGAAGAACGUCGGAAAGGCCGGAACAUACACAGCCCACAUCCAGUCGCCACCGGAAAUUAAGGUUUCAGUGACACCACGAAGCUUGAAGUUUGAGAGGGUUGGUGAAGAGAAGAAAUUCACAGUGACUGUUAAAGCUAGAAAACGGUCUGAUAAGGGAUUUGUAUUUGGGGCGUUGGUGUGGUCGGACGGUGUCCACCAUGUUCGGAGCCCGAUUUCGGUUGGAAUCGGUCCAAGCUGAUCGGAAUUUAUGGACAUAAAAGCUUGUUCCAGGCAAUAGACUCCUCCACCAUCUCCAUUGUUAGUCUUUUCUUUUGGAUCGUUGAGAUUCACAGUACAGUGUUCAUGCCCUCAACACAAUUGAGUCGCUACAUGUAAACUUUAAAGAUG